UAAGAGAAGCUCAUUGAUUCUUGAUUUUGAUGAGAGAGAGAGACAGAGAGAGUGAGUACUGUGCAAGGUUCACAACACACACACAACAAGGAUAAAGACAGGAGAAGGGUCUCCAUUUAUCCUUCACUGCAUUGGGGUUUUUCCUCUCAUUCCUCUCAGUUUCGCGACAAGGGAGUUGGUCAUUUGGUGCAUUUGGGAGGUCUAAUUUUUCUUUACAAAAAUGCUGAGGAAGAGAACUAGAUCACAGCAAAAAGUGCAAAACAUGAAUAAUACAUUAGUUGAUUCUAUAUCGGAGUCGUAUUUUCCCUCUGAUGGAUCAAAUCCGAAGCAUAAAGAUACCUCCCUUUUGAAGGUUCCUGGCUUGUUUGUGGGAUUCAAUGCUAAGAGCUCAGAUUCUGAUGCAGUAAGAAGCCCCACAUCGACGUUAGAUUUUAGGAUUUUUUCGAGUUUAGGCAAUCCCUUUAGGUGUCUAAAAGCACAGAACGAGGGCCACCACAAGAGCUGGGACUGUACCAAAGUAGGUCUAAGCAUUAUAGAUUCCCUCGACCAUGAGCUUAAUCAGAGUGUUGCUCGGUCAUCUGAUAAUAAGAAUAUUCUUUUUGGGAGACAGAUGAGUGUUAGAAGUCCAACUUUUUGUAGUUCUUUGGAGGCACCUAAGUCACUGCCUAAAGAUGUUGCUAUUUUUGCUAAGCCAGCCAAUGCCCGGAAGUGCGAUUCUGAUGUUGUGUUUGAGAUUGGGGAGGUCCCGUUCAAGCACGAGGAGGCUUCUGGAAGCAUCCGUGCUCGUUCAGUGGAUUCUGGAAGGUAUGGACCUCACCUGACAGAUUUCAGAAACCUCAAGUCCAAGCUUGGGUCUGGCAGCUUUGGUGCUGAGAAAUCUGUUCGUUCGGAGUCUGGAGGGGUUGGCGUGAUCCCUAAAUUAGGCAACCUAAGUAGGGAGAGGCUGAGUCGGGCUGCUCCACCGGGAAAUAGUUUAAUUAGUUCCAUUCCCGCGAGUGAGAUUGAGCUGUCUGAGGAUUAUACCUGUGUUAUUAAUAGAAGAAUUCAUGCUGCCAAAGUCCUUCGAUCUUCCGAGAAUGUACAUCCUACAAGUCAGGUAGCGUAG